AUGGGGGUGCCUCGACCUGCUCAACAAGGCAUUCCGCAGCCGGGAGGCAUGCAACGAAAUGGACCUGCAUCUUCAGAUAUCCGCCAGCAUAUCUUGAGAGAGUUGAGCAGUCACCCAACCCCGACCGGAUGGCAACAAACUAUACCUCCACAAAAUCGUGUUCCGGUCAUUCAACAGAUAAUCACACAGUUAUCCCUGGUCAAACCAGAGUAUAAUCUAACCAAGACCUUUGGCAUAGCAACAUCAUUCGAAAAGGAGAAAUUUGAGCAAUCUCCAGACAGGCUAACUUACGAGGCCCACUGCCGCACGCAAUUGAAAAGGAUCUUCGACACUCGUCAGAGCCAGGCGGAGCAGCAGCAGCAAUUCCUGAACCCUCAGCAACCUCAGAUGGCGCUGAUGCAACAGCAGAUGGCCAUGCAAGGAAUGAACCAGAACCAGUUCCCACAGGCAUAUCCUAUCCCCCAGCAGGCGCAUAUGCAGAACCUUGGGAAUCCAAUGCAGCACCAUCCAUCUCAGAGCCAAAGACCAGUGCAGUCAGCCAACCCGAUGGAAAUGCAGCAACAAAUGGCGAACGGACAGCCAGUACCGAACAUGGCUCAACGUGGCCCCCAAAACCAGGGGCAACCACAAUUCACCCCACAGGAACAGCAGCAAAUCAUGCAAUUGGCAGAAAGCAUGGCACAUAAUGCGUCUCCAGAGCAGAUGAAUAAUGUUCAAAGGCUGGUAAUGAGUAUACCAGCGGGUCAGCGACAGCAAAUGCAAAGCCAAGGUAUCAAUCCUGCGCACGCCGUCUUUCGCCAGCACGCUAUCAAGAGGUUUCUACAAGACAAGGCUGUGCAGCAACAGAGAGCUGGUCAAGGUCCUCACCCUCUCGACAGAGGAGGUGUGGUGAGCCAGCAAGGCCGUCCUACAUCCCAAAUUUCUAUGCGUCAAGGCCAACAAGUCCCACCGCCUCCGACACCACAACAUCAUGAGCCAUCGUUCGAUCAGUUCUUGGGACAACAGCAGGAUGCUCUGCGACAUCAAGAAGCUGGUCAAGUCGUCGUCCCUGCAAGCCAGGGAGCUCCGCCUCAGGUCCGAGGAACGUCACUUGCUCAACCGCAGGGUCAAUUUGGUGCGAGACCAAUGCAACCUCCUAACAAUUUCCAGCAACAGCCUCCCGCGGUCUGGAACACCCCUCAGGGCCAACAUCAGAAUGUUCCACAGACACCUCAGCCACAGGUACCGCCACAGACAUCCAAUCUUGCCAAUAUGCCUGGACAGACUCCGCAGCAGCAAGCAUUACAAGGACAGCUGGGCGGUCUCGAUAACAAUCGUGCCCAACGUACACCACAACAGAAUCCCAAUAUGCCGACCCUCAAUCGGCCACUCAAUCCUCCAAACCAGGUACAGAAUGGUCAGAGACAAGCCCAGCCUACGCCUAAGAUCAGCGCAAGAAACGUUCCGAACGGGCAGCAGACUGCUGUUGCCAACGGCCAGGCCAGCGUGGGGCAGCACUCAGCGCCAGUCAACCUGCAGCAACAGAAAUUCCAAAAGUAUGUGGCUAGUAUGCCUGAAGCACAGAGGGCUGUUUUCAUCGCAGAGUUCAAGCAGAGACAGGAGCGUAGGAAAGCUGAAGAAGCUGCAGAAGUUGCAGCUCAAGCAGGUCCAUCAGGUGCACCGGUGGCUCCAAUGGGUGGUCAAGGGGCUAAAGCGCAACCGGUACCCAAAGCGAUCCCGAGUGCUGCCCAACCUUCGAUGAAUCCGAUUAACAGGCUUAACGGACAAGCUCAAGUAAUCCAGCAGUCAGGACCCCCAAGUGGAGCCCGCGGUCCGCAGCAAAAAUUUGCACCAAUUUCAUUAGACGAAAAUGCAACCCGCAUAAUGGACAGGGUCGAGUUCCCACGGACUCUUCUAAAUGUUGCCGGCGACAAUGCAAAGGUUCCUGAACAUAUCAAACAGUGGGGUCAACUCAAGCAGUGGGUGCAUCAGAAUUCAAACAUCUUGCCUCCAGGGAGUAUCCACAAGGUGGUGGGGUUGCAGAGUAUUGUCUAUCAACAAAGAGUCGCGCAAAACAAUCAGAGGGAGGCCUUGAACCAAGCACAGUCGCAUGGCAAUACGAGGCCUGCACAACCUGGUGUAGCCCCUGCAGCGCAAAUGGUAGCCCCAAGUAGCAUCCAAACACCCAUCCAAGGUUUCACUGCACAGGCACCAAACUCUUCGAUGCCCGUUCUGCCGCCACCGACGAUCCAGGAAGUCGCAGCCGCACGAGCUCAAUUACCAGAUAACAUGAAAACAGCCAGCGAUGAACAGCUCCGAGAAAUGAUCUCGAAUAAACGACGUAAUGAUUAUUUCAAGGCUAUGCAAGGCCAACAAAGUCUCACUCAGCAGCAGCAAGAACAGCAAAAGCAACACCAGCAGCGUAUGAACAUGCUUCGAAUACAACAACAAGCCAACGCCCAACAAGCGCAAGUUUCGGUGCAGCCAAACCAGCACAGCCAGUUGCAACCGUCUCAACGCGGCCAGAAUCAACAACCUCAGCCUGGACAGCAAUGGCCACAACCUCAGAUGGCCCAGAACAUCUCUCAACCAAAUCCGCAGCAAGCGAAGCAGCCGCAAUCAAGCCGAUCUGGACCUCAGGCAUCGGUGCCACAACCCAAUCACAAAAACGGUAAGCGAAACAACAAUAGUGACGAUGUCAUUGAAGUUCCGGACCCCAAGCUUUCUCAGCAAACGGCUCGUCCGCCAAACAUCAAGGGACCUCAGCCUCCACCUCAGCCCCCGCCAAACAAUGUAUCUUCACAAAUAACACCAGAGAAGUACAAUUCAUUGCCUCCCGAGGCAAAAGCUCGCUUCCAGGAACAGCGACGUUCUUAUAUAGAGGCUGCUCAACGUGCUAGUGCGCAACAGUCCGGCCAAAAUGCUCAGAGACAAAGGCCUGCAGAAGCUGUGAUCCAGAAUGUUGUACCCAAUGCGGGACGAGACGGACGAGUGAAGGAAUUGAGGAGCGAGGUGAUGAGGAGCAUGCCUACUCGGCAGCCCAUUCCUAUGAGCCCGAGUACAAGAGCCAGGAUGAUUGAGAAAUUGAAGAACGCAGGUGUAAUGUCACAACGACUCGAACAAUCUCUGCCCCUAUAUCUGAGUCUAUCGAAAGACGAGGAUAGGACUAAAGAUCUACUUCGUUCGCGAAUCGCUGUGCAGCAGCAACUCAAGGAGACACAAUCCGGCGAUACAAACCCGGUGGACAACUUCACAAUGAGUUUGGAUGAAUUGGAAAGUAUUCAAACCAAGCUACAUGAGUACUUUCAAUUCAUGAUGAAGGCCAAAGUACCAAAAACAGGUGUUCCUGUCCCGCCGGUCCAAAAUCCACCACGACAGCAAUUGAGCACUGCAAAUCUCCAAUCUCAGCAAGAAGCGCUUAGUAAAGCAAGAGCCGCGAACCUACCGAAGAGUCAUGCCAACAAUAGCAACCGAGCACCUGCUGCCCCGACGACGUCGCAUGCGCCGUUUUCAUUCGGUGGUCAGUCUCCUCAGGGUGUUCCACAAUUUUACGGGCCCACGAAGAAUGAGCUCACUCAAGAGAAGCUCAUUCUACCUGUCACCAAGAAAAGAAAAAGUAACAACGUUGCUAGUCCAUCGACGCCGGCACAAGCGCCGACUCCUGCAGCUGCGAACAAAUUGUCACCCUUCGGAAAGACUGAUUCUCCGGAUGCGCAACGUACGCCAGCGGUGACACCCAUGAUUAAGUGCCCUAUAGCACACUGCGAGACUGGUAUAGCUGGCUUCCCGACUAAGACCGACCUAGAAAAGCACAUUGCAGAUACUCAUGAGCCCAAAGAACCAGUCAUUAAAGAUCCUCUUGACGCUGCGGCAUAUGCGAUUGAAAGCAUGCGAUUAGCAUUGAACCUGGACCAGGAUGGGAGGUCUAAACCACUACAAGAACAAAGGGUCGAGCCGAUGCAAGCGCAGGCCAUGAAAGCCUCGCUAUCAGCACAAGGUCAAAGCUCCGUCAAACAAGAAGCCGCAACGCCGAUGAGCCGAAACCCAACGCAGACAGGGCCUUCACCAUCGUCCAACCUGUUAAAGACCCCGCAGGCUGCAGCAAAUAUCAAGACCCCGGCGUCUGACGCCAAAUCAACUGGCAAAGAAAUAAAAGCCAUAGCUCUGGCGAAAUCACCAGCAGCCGCAGCUCCUGACCUGUGGGCCAACAGCCACGUUAAGCCCGAAUGGUUCAAACAAGUCUUCUCCGAAGUCGCCGAUCUCAAUCGCCCCGUCUCUAAUGACCUCAUCAUCGACUGGCUCGAACGUAACCCUUUCACUCCCUCCACCAGUCCAUCCAGUGGGGUCCCAUCGAAGGACAGCCCGCAUAAGAGCGACAUUAGCGCAAAUGACACCCUCAACAUCAAUGUCAACGGUGACGAUUGGCUUCCGCCUGAGUGGUUCGAUGAUGGCUUGCCGAGCGACAUGGCCGCCCUGGACGUUGGUGACUUUAUGGAUAUGGAUUGGGAGGCUACAUUUGGGAAGCCCGAGGAAGGAGAAGAGGUGUUGGCGAAGGGCAAGAGGAGGAGGGAGAGGGAUCCUCUAGAAGCGAGUGAUGAGUGGUUGAAGGCGUGGGCGCCGGAUAGGUGGGAGGAAGGGAAGAAUAAAGACGCAGAGAGGAAGAAUUAG